AAUGCGCGUUUCUUCUUCCUCCCGGAACGAUGCGCGCUCUUUUCGCAGCUGUCUCGUUUUCGCUCCUCGUGGACACGCGCUAGUCGGUGAAAAUUGCGGCGCAUGCAGUGAAGGGAUUUACGCUUAGCGGUGCUCGACGGAAGAGAAAAACGUGCAACGAAACUUGCAGUCCCGCCGUGAAGGUGUCGUCAGAGCGGCAGUGCAGUGUGAUAAGCAGUCAGCAGAGCAGCCGGUCGGGGUGGAAGGCAAGCAGAGCUACGCCCGGAGCACGGAAGUAGCGCACACCCCCCGCAGAGGGACACACGCACACGAAACCCCCUUCCAAGAAAGGCACCGACAACGAGACUCUCGAUCGCAGCGGCGAAACGCAUUGCCGUCCAACGUGGGUUGCAGAUAGAUGCGAAAUAAUGGCCGCCUUAGACCAGGACAACUUUCAGCAGCUGAUGGGCUCGCUCCUGUCUACGGACAAUGAUGUUCGUACGAAAGCAGAGGAGGUUUACAAUGCAUUGCCGUGCGAGACAAAGGUUCCGCACCUGCUCGGUACGGUACAGAACCCACAGAUGGCGGAAGAUGCCCGAAUGCUGUCGGCCGUCCUGCUGCGCCGGCUGUUCUCUUCCGAGUUUCACGAAUUUUACGAGCCGCUGCCGCCGGAAGCGCGGGACCAGCUGAAGCAACAGAUACUGCUGACGCUGCAACAGAACGAGUCGGGCAGCAUGCGGCGAAAGAUCUGCGAGAUGGUGGCCGAGGUCGCCCGGUGCCUGAUCGACGACGACGGCAACAACGAGUGGCCCGAGUUUCUGCAAUUCCUGUUCCACUGCCACAACAGUGCGAACGUGCAGCUGCAGGAGGCCGCCCUGCGCAUAUUUGCCUCGGUGCCGGGCAUCUUCGGCAACCAGCAGGCCCAGCAUCUGCCGCUGAUCAAGCAAAUGUUCAUCAAGUAUCUGGAGCCCACGUCCGACCAGGAGGUGCGCUUCCAGGCGGUUCGCGCGUACGGCGCGUUCGUGCUGCUGCACGACAAGGAGGAGGACGUGCAGCGCCAGUUUGCCGAUCUGCUGCCGCAGAUCAUCAUGAUCACGGCGGAGAGCAUCGAGCUGGGCGACCCGCAGAACCUGAUGCAGCUGCUGAUCGACAUGGCCGAGGGCGUGCCCAAGUUCUUCCGUCCGCAGCUGGAGCCGAUCUUCGAGCUCUGCAUGAAGGUGUUCAGCACGGUCGACAUGGAGGACAACCUGCGCCAUCUGGCGCUCGAGAUGAUGGUGUCGCUGGCGGAGAACGCCCCGGCGAUGGUGCGCAAGCGGGCGGCCAAGUAUGUGACCGCGCUGGUGCCCCUGAUCCUGCAGAUGAUGACCGACCUGGAGGACGACGACGAGUGGUCGGUGUCGGACAAGAUCACCGAGGACGACACGAGCGACAACAACGUGAUCGCCGAGUCGGCGCUGGAUCGGUUGGCGUGCGGGCUCGGCGGCAAAACGAUCCUGCCGCACAUCGUAAACAACAUUCCAAACAUGCUGCUCAGCCCGGACUGGAAGCAGCGGCACGCGGCCCUGAUGGCCAUCUCGGCCGCCGGCGAGGGCUGCCAGAAACAGAUGGAGGCGAUGCUGGAGAACAUUAUGCAGGGCGUGCUGAAGUAUCUGGUCGAUCCGCACCCGCGCGUACGGUACGCGGCCUGUAACGCGAUCGGCCAGAUGGCGACCGACUUUGCGCCCAUCUUCGAGAAGAAGUUCCACGAGCAGGUCAUACCGGGGCUGCUGAACCUGCUGGACGACGUGGAGAACCCGCGCGUGCAGGCGCACGCCGGCGCGGCGCUGGUGAACUUCAGCGAGGACUGCCCGAAGAACAUCCUGACGCGCUAUCUGGACGCGAUCAUGGCGAAGCUCGAACUGAUUCUGACCACCAAGUUCAAGGAGCUGGUGGAGAAGGGCACCAAGCUGGUGCUGGAGCAGGUGGUAACGACGAUCGCGUCCGUGGCGGACACGACCGAGAAGGACUUCGUGGUGUACUACGACCGGCUGAUGCCGUCGCUGAAGUACAUCAUCAAGAACGGCAACACGGACGAGCUGAAGCUGCUGCGUGGCAAGACGAUCGAGUGCGUCAGCCUGAUCGGGCUGGCGGUCGGGGCGGAAAAGUUCAUGUCGGACGCGUCGGACGUGAUGGACAUGCUGCUGAAGACGCACACCGAGGGCGACCUGCCGGACGACGAUCCGCAAACGUCCUACCUGAUAUCGGCCUGGGCGCGCAUCUGCAAAAUUCUGGGCAAGCAGUUCGAGCAGUUCCUGCCGCUGGUCAUGGGGCCGGUCAUGCGGACCGCCUCGAUGAAGCCGGAGGUGGCGCUGCUCGACAACGACGAGAUGCAGGGUGUCGAGAACGACAGCAACUGGCAGUUCGUGAAUCUCGGCGAGCAGCAGAACUUUGUCAUCCGGACGGCCGGCCUGGAGGACAAGGCGUCCGCCUGCGAGAUGCUGGUGUGCUACGCCCGCGAGCUGAAAGAAGGGUUCGCCAACUACGCGGAGGAGGUGGUGCGGUUGAUGGUGCCGAUGUUGAAGUUCUACUUCCACGACGGUGUCCGGUCGGCGGCCGCCGAAUCGCUCCCGUACCUGCUCGACUGCGCCAAGAUCAAGGGGCCAAAGUACCUCGAGGGCAUGUGGCUGUACAUCUGUCCCGAGCUGCUGAAGGCGAUCGACUCCGAACCGGAGGCGGACGUGCUGACCGAGCUGCUGCACUCGCUCGCCCGCUGCAUCGAGACGCUCGGGGCGGCCUGCCUGUCGAACGAGGCGAUGGAGGAGGUGCUGAAGAUCAUCGACAAGUUCAUGAAGCAGCACUUCGAGAAGGAGGAAAAGCGUGCCCAGGCCCGGAAGGAGGAAGACUACGACGACGGCGUCGAGGAGCAGCUGGCCGAGGAGGACGAUGCGGACAUCUAUCUGCUGUCGCGCAUCUCCGACAUCAUCCAUUCGCUGUUCGUCACGUACAAGGAUGCGUUCCUGCCGUCGUUCCAGCGCGUGGUGCCGCACUUUGUGAAGCUGCUGCAGGCCACGAACCCGUGGGCGGACCGGCAAUGGGGAUUGUGCAUAUUCGACGAUCUCAUCGAAUAUACUGGCCCAUUGUGCGUACAGUAUCAGCCUUAUUUCCUGCAGCCAAUGUUGGAAUAUAUCAAGGACGAGCAGCCGGAAGUACGACAGGCAGCGGUUUAUGGAUGCGGUGUGCUAGGCCAGUUCGGUGGGGAGCAGUUUGCCGUUACAUGUGCGCAGGCCAUCUCGCUGCUGGUGGAAGUCAUCAUGGCACCGGACAGCCGCGAACCGGAGAACGUGAACCCAACGGAAAACGCCAUCUCAGCCGUGACGAAGAUAUUGAAAUACAACAACACAGCGAUCACUAAUCCGGACGAAAUCAUUGCGCUUUGGUUCACCUGGCUGCCCGUUGGCGAGGACGAAGACGAAGCGGUGUACGUGUACGGCUAUCUGUGCGAUCUGAUCCAAGCGAAUCAUCCAGUCAUACUCGGGGAAAACAACGUAAACUUACCGCGCAUCGUUUCGAUCAUUGCGUCCUGUUUCUACCGGGAGGCGGUAACCGUGCCGCACCCCGAAGCCGAACGGAUGCUUUCGAUCGUGAAGCAGAUUGAGAGCAAUCCGGACCUAUUCCAGGCAUGCAUCAACACACUGACCGCCGAACAGAAGGCGGCCCUCGAAGGAGCUUACCGGGCGGCGGCAGCAGUGACGGCGGCCGCAACUGGUGUGACGCAGUAGAGACCAGCGCCGGAAACAACAGCUGCUGCAACACCUUUUUCUCCCCCCUUUUCCUUUACCCUUUACUCUAUUCCGUCGGAUUGGCUCGCUCCAAGUGAGAGUGGAACACGCAAUUUAACCUAAGUUUUGCAAUAGUUUUUGCAGUUCUUUUUUUUUAAAUUGGACAUCCAAAUUUUCAUUAUCAUCAUCAUCAUCACAGACAGCAAAGAAUAUAAUCCUGUUAACGUGUGGUAAACAGAGGGUAAAAGAUCGCUGGGGCGCGCACACAUGAUUCAGCUAUGUAGUAAAAAUAAUGGCCAGCACAGUACCGGCUUAAGAUUGUUUUGGGUUCCUAACUUUCAAGAAAAAAAAGGUCAAAUGUUGCCAAGAGAACGAGAGAGGGAGAAAGCGUGUUAGCUUUCUAAAUUUAAACCCUCUCGCUUAUGAAGGUGCUCCACACAUUUUCAAUCUGUUCGGCGUUAAACCGAUGUAACGAUUGGUUGGUUGGUUGGACAUUUCAAAUGGCGCAGGAUACAAAUUCUAAUUGUAUGUUUUGUUUCGGUAACUCUGUAAUAUGUUGCUUUAUAAGUCCAACAUCAAAGAGAGAAGUAAUUUCCGUUUAGUUUCGUACUGUCCCUUGUUUUGGCAGAUUCUCAGGCAAAUUGUGCGUAAUAGUGGUCUGCCUUUCAGCGUAUUUCAUUUCGUUGGUUAGGUACCUCUCAUCCUUUUGAAGUCCGUUUGUGAUAAAAAGCUGUAACGCCCGGUGUUAAUUGUGAGUAACAAAUGUUUAUUGUUAGAUGGAAGGGUUUGUUUUCCGUUGCACGUUUGUCCCAGACAAAUUCCCCUCCCCUCCCACUACAUAUUGUAUUGGACUUGGACCAAUAUGAUGUUCCUCCAGACAUGCGGUUUUAGCAGUACGUUUGUAAAUAAAAGGAAAAAUAGCGGACAUGUGGUGCGGUUCCGUUAUUUAAACAGGAUAUGUUACAGACAGAAAUCAGGACUGGGAAGCAUUGUUGCUACCAUUAACACAGUGAACAAAAAAGGACAACUUAAAGCCAGCACCUUUUGUUGUUGGUCGCUUUGUGUCAGGGAACCAUAGGGGUAUUAGAAGAACGAACGAACCGGCGGCUACAUUGGCAGUUAUUGUGCUGGAAGUACGGUUUACUGGAUCACGGGCAGGUUGAUUCUAGGUCUUGAAUGAUGUGCCGGUUAGUGAAGGAGUAAAGUAUGUAUGCGCACUGCAGAGAGUAUGUUGCUUGAUUGUACGGGCUAGGGUUAGUGAGCAAAAUGCAUCCUUUUUUUUUCUAGUGAAAUAUUAUACCGCACACAUCACUACAAGAAGUGAGCAAGCAGAUAUUACACCUACACCAGUGUUGAGCGCUACCAGUACACCCAGCAGAGUACACUUUUUCGCAUUGCGAUCUUAAAGAUGAACCUCUUCGAGCACACUUUUCGGUAAUGUUGCUGACUAGCGAUAGUAACAGUUGAGAACCGGAUAAGCGGUGAUAAGGCAGAGCGUGGAGAUACAGCCGAGGAGAAGUACUUUUCAUGCUCGGCUGUAAAAGUGUAAGCGGUGCAUUGCAAAACCAAUAGAUGGACCUACGAUGGAAUAGUUUCCUAAAAACUCUAUUCAAAUAUUAUUAUUGGCAGUAUGUCACACUGAGACGGAAAAUAUAUUCUGAUUAAUCAAAUCACUA